AUGUUGAAGUCGUCUGUCUUCCAGCUUACAUCGAUAUACUGCGUUUUGAAAAACGGUCAAAAAUGCUAUAUCGAAAUCGGAAAAAUGGACAGCGUCCCAAAUUCGGGCCGCUGGAAACAUUUACAAUCGCAAUUGUUCAAUGCGCUUGUAUUACAGACCGCAAUUCCAGUCAUCCUUAUGUAUAUUCCGUUCUUCCUUUUGUUCUUCAUCCCAUUUCUCGACGAGACCAUCGAGAUUACAAGCAGCUGUAUUAAUAUCACAAUUGCGGUUUAUCCGGCCAUCGAUCCUCUUCCAACUAUCUUCAUUGUCAAGAAUUAUCGAAGUGUCACAAUCGCAUAUUUGAGAACGAUUCUGUUUUUGGGGAGGAAGGAUGGCAGUCGAGCGACGAGCUUAAGACUCCAAAGCUUCACCUAA